CAUAGCUCAUGUUAUACUGGGAAUUGCGGUGUCUACCGUCACGUCUAUGAAGGUUCCGGCGAUUAUAGUGUUCGGAGACUCGUCGGUGGAUGCAGGGAACAACAAUUACAUAUCGACGAUGUUGAAGAGCAACUUCAAACCAUACGGUCGAGAUUUUUACGGUGGCGAACCCACCGGCCGUUUCUGCAACGGCCGUCUUCCGACGGACUUCAUCUCAGAGGCAUUCGGGAUCAAGCCUGUAAUUCCUGCGUAUUUGGAUCCCAAAUUCAGCGUCUCCGACUUCGCUACCGGCGUUUGCUUUGCUUCUGCCGGUGCUGGCUUUGAUAAUGCUACCUCCGAUGUCCUUUCAGUGAUACCUCUGUGGAAGGAACUAGAAUACUACAAGGGAUUUCAGAAGGAGCUGAUCGACUAUCUCGGAGAAGAGAAAGCAAAUGAGGUUACAAGAGAAUCACUAUAUCUAAUCAGCCUAGGUACCAAUGAUUUUCUGGAGAACUAUUAUUUACUUCCAAAGAGAUCUUCAGAAUACUCCGUUGAAGAAUACCAGAAAUUGCUUCUGGGAAUCGCAGAGAAUUUCAUAGCAAAGCUCUAUGAAGCAGGAGCAAGGAAAAUAUCCAUAGCUGGGCUUCCUCCAAUGGGGUGUUUGCCUCUAGAGAGAACCAGGAAUUUCUUGUUUGGGAGUGUCUGUGUUAAGGAGUACAACGAUGUGGCCAAAGAUUUCAAUCACAAGUUACAAGAUUUGGUGUUGCAAAUGAAUCAGAAGCUCCUUGGGAUUCACUUUGUGUUUUCAAAUCCUUAUGACAUCCUCUGGGAUAUCAUCCAGAAUCCUGAUUCUUUUGGAUUUGAAGAUGUGGCCACAGCAUGUUGCGGGACAGGAUUAUUUGAGAUGAGUUUCUUGUGUGAUAAGUUUAAUCCAUUCACCUGUUCAGAUGCUAAUAAAUAUGUAUUUUGGGAUGCCUUCCAUCUCACCCACAAGACUAAUUCCAUUAUUGCCAAUCAUUUAUUCAAUAAUUAUCUACUUCAGUUUCAAUAA